CUCGACUAACAAUUAAGUCAAUCCAAGAUUAUUUCAUUUGUUCGUACAUCCAUCUCCGAAAUCCAGUCUUUGGCGCCGGACAUCUACCAGCUUGUCGUGGCCGGUCUUUAUUCUUCCAUCCACAAAGCUCUUCGAUUUGCAUUAUUAUGCUCUGUGUGCUGUUUCACUACCACGUUGUUCCUCAAAAAUUGUCAACUCAAAGCAAAGAAAUAAGGCAAGCAAAAAUAAAGUUCAUUUCAAAUGAUCUUGCCACUUGCGAGAUUUUCCAGAAAAUUGAGUUGCUCUCUUUGCUUUUCACUAUGUUUUGUCGUCAUUUCUUUUGCGUGUCUAUCUGGUAUGAUUAUCCGUGCACAUUAUACUCCGAGGAAGCUCGAGCCACUCGACAUCGACAAGAAUUCGAUGUACCUUUAUAUAUCAUACUACGACAAAAACAGGAACAAACUGGCAGCCUUUCUGCAUAUGUCCAACAACGCGUUGGCUUUGGAAGAUUGCACGUUAUUGUUCCAUCUUGCACAGCAUAAAACAGCAGAGGCUAUCAUGGACAAAACCGAAAUCACAAGGAAAAAGGAAGAGGGUUACUUGUCUUCUUUCAUGAGUGUUUAUAGUGAAGGAACAAGAGCGGGUUUGGUUUUAUCAAGUGAGGAGGCCAAGUUUUAGGUUGGACAAAGUGCUGGAAAAAGAAGGUGUCGGAGGCAAAAGACGGUUUCCAAUUCGAGGCGCUC